AUGUUCAAAGUGCUUGCAGAGAAAACUGGUAUCGCAAAUUUCUCCUACGUUAACGUUGACAGCGUUUACGAUAUAACAAGAGAGUUAGAUAACAAUAUGACGGACAAACAGCCACCAUGGGUGUUCCAAACAUGGGCUCAGUAUGAGAAUAGCAGUACAUUGGAUAUAAUAAGCGAACUGCGACGUGUACGCUUUAUGACCAACUUCGAUUCCCCUGACAAGGCAAAGGUGAAAUAA